GCUAUUUAUAUCUGUUUAUUAAAUGCGAAUCUGAAAUUACCUGCGACGUAACCGUUCGCGAAGGAGAGUUUGUCGUUAUGGUUCUAGCGUUCGGAGUCGAUUCCAACGUUCCAAAGCGAAUGUUAGAAUCAUUUAACGAUAAAACGAAACGCGUACAGUGUGGUAGACACGUUCGAUUCGAUAAUCGACCGACUAUGAACACGCCGAGGAAACCACACAAUUCUUAACAAGAUGAUUGCUUGCAACGAUUACGAGAUAAUUUUGAGACGACGCGAACGCGAGGAUAUAAGCGGCCGUCGACCGUACUCGCGUCAUCAGUCUCUAUCGUUCAGAGAAACGGCGUCACGUUUUUCUAAAAACGCGUUCGUAGUUGGUGCUUAACGGAUUGUGCCUUUCGUUAACUAUUCAGGGAACUAUCUUUUCGAAAUGGUAAGAUGGAACUGUUGCGUUAACGGUGUAGAUCCGUGAAAUGACGAUGGCGACGAUCGAUGGAUAAUUCAAUGAUACGCGUGAGUGCAUAUCCAUUCACGUCGGCCAAGCUGGUGUGCAAAUUGGAAACGCUUGUUGGGAACUUUAUUGUUUGGAACACGGCAUACAUCCGGAUGGACAAAUGCCGACGGAUAAAAUGUUUGGAGACGACAGUUUCAGCACUUUCUUCAGCGAAACUAGUGCUGGAAAACACGUGCCUCGGGCAGUAUUUGUCGACCUAGAGCCUACGGUGGUCGAUGAAGUACGAACGGGAGCGUAUCGACAACUAUUUCAUCCAGAGCAAUUGAUCACUGGCAAGGAAGAUGCAGCAAACAAUUAUGCGCGCGGCCAUUACACGAUUGGCAAAGAAAUCGUCGACUUGGUGAUCGAUCGAGUUCGCAAGUUAGCGGAUCAGUGUACCGGAUUGCAAGGAUUUUUGAUCUUUCAUUCGUUCGGUGGCGGUACUGGCUCGGGUUUUGCUUCUCUCCUGAUGGAACGUCUUUCCGUAGAGUACGGAAAGAAAUCGAAAUUGGAAUUUGCGAUUUAUCCGGCACCACGGGUUUCCACAGCGGUCGUCGAACCUUACAAUUCUAUUCUCACCACUCAUACAACCCUCGAGCAUUCGGAUUGCGCUUUCAUGGUAGACAACGAAGCUAUAUACGAUAUUUGUCGGCGCAAUCUUGACAUCGAAAGGCCCACUUAUACGAACUUGAACAGAUUAAUAGGGCAAAUUGUGUCCUCUAUAACAGCUUCGUUGCGAUUCGACGGCGCGUUAAACGUCGAUUUAACAGAGUUCCAAACCAAUUUGGUUCCCUAUCCAAGAAUUCAUUUCCCAUUGGUCACCUAUGCCCCCGUAAUAUCAGCCGAGAAAGCUUAUCACGAGCAACUUUCGGUAGCAGAAAUUACCAAUGCCUGUUUCGAACCUGCGAAUCAAAUGGUCAAGUGCGAUCCUCGACACGGUAAAUACAUGGCUUGUUGUAUGCUCUACAGAGGAGACGUUGUUCCGAAAGACGUGAACGCAGCUAUUGCUGCCAUCAAGACCAAACGGACGAUACAGUUUGUCGAUUGGUGUCCAACUGGUUUCAAGGUCGGAAUCAAUUAUCAACCACCAACGGUUGUCCCUGGCGGUGAUUUGGCCAAAGUACAACGAGCAGUCUGCAUGCUGGCCAAUACUACGGCUAUCGCUGAAGCUUGGGCGCGAUUGGAUCACAAGUUCGAUCUUAUGUACGCCAAGAGAGCUUUCGUUCACUGGUACGUUGGCGAGGGAAUGGAAGAAGGCGAAUUUUCUGAAGCUCGCGAAGAUCUUGCAGCACUCGAGAAAGACUACGAAGAAGUUGGACUAGAUUCGAUCGAUGUCGAAGCAGAUCCGAACGACGAAUAUUGAUGCACCUUCGUCUCUUUUUCUCUCCUAUUGUCCAACACACAUACAGGGCGCGACACGCACACGUUUUUUCUUUCUCUCUCUCUCUCUCUCUCUCUCUCUCUCUCCCCCUCUAUUUCAUUCGUUGCAAUCCAGAGUUUUUUGUUCAAGCUGUAGACAAAUAAAUUACAAAUAUUAGGAAAUAUUAAUGAGAACGGUACAGAACAAUACAAAAAGGUUGAGAAUGCGUAAAUCUAUUCUGUAUAAUUUGAAAUCACGCCAAUCAUUUUCUAAUUGAUAAAAACUCAAGCAUUCAUAAUCCAUGUGCCACACAUGUAACGUUGCGUACAUAUGUACAUCGACAUAGCGUUCAACAAUUUUGUUGUCAGAUUUACGCAAGAAACGUAUCACCACAUCCUCGAAAAUUAUAUUUCUGUGGUUGUUUUGUGAAUUUUAGAUGUAAUUUUGUUUUAUUGCAUUACACAAACGGGGGCUGGGAAGGCGAAAUUAAAUAGCGGAUUAAAUACAUCAGCGUGACGCCUUAACAAAUUAAAAACGUAAAAACAUUAA